GAUAACUAAAAUCGGGACCAUUUGUCAAGUACUCAUAAAAUUUAAUAGGCGCUUACAGCUCAAAAUGGAAACGUUACUUGACUACCAAAAGAGUGCACUAAUCAGUGGCAUCUCAAAAAUUCAUAUAAAAGCUGCAUCAACUCCUAUAAUAAAUUUGAAAGAUGGCGAAGCGCCUCUGAAGCCACAUACAUCUGCACCUUCAUAUUUCCAGUCCUUGAAAGAGAAUGAUGCGCCACCAUUUGUAAAACCAGGACGGGAAGCCAGGCCUCAGUUGUUAAUUAAUACCGUAAUGAGUGAGGCCGAAGCUGUGGAGAUGAUAGCAGCCGCUGAUGCGGAUAGAUAUAAAGGAUUGAAGAAAUAUCUUGGUUCAUUUUUAGUUCAAAAGAAAAUAGUAGCUAACAACCAUUUAUCUGAAAUCAAUUUCCUGAUAAGCUUUCUAAUAGAGACCAUAGACUAUGCCGCGCAGCGUGACUUCAGUGCAUUCAAACUUGCUUGUUUGCUUACUAUAUAUUUGAAGACCCAUUUGUACUUCAAGUGGUACUACUGGCUGCCGCCAACAGCUGUGUGGCACUACUUCAAAGAGAUCAUGAUACGACACACUAUUGAGGACUCGCCUGAUGGUCAAGAAGUAUUUGAGCCCGAGGAAUGUUACGACAUCAUAACUCAUUUCCACACAAUGUACCUGACCAACUUACCUCUGGUGCAUAUAUUGACAUUCGGAGCAUACAGACUGAAGCUCACGUGGCCAUUUAAACCCAAAUGAGUCUAGUUUCUCAUUAACAAACAAUGAAAAUAUUAAAAUAGUUAUUUAUUUUCAUCCGUUGAUUAGUUUUAAUCCAGGUCUAAUUCUAGUGGCAAACGCUAGGAUGACAGCGAGGUCAGCUGGCUCGUCAUGACAAAUUCAAUUUCCAAGG